ACGGUCGCCAUCCCCAGCAGCAGCUCCAACUCCUACAAGACCUCGACCUCGACGUCCAGCAGCAGCGUGGAGGUCACAGACGCGUCGACGUGCGAGGCCAGCGUGGUGAAGGUCACGACGAGCGCUGCGGGAGUGAAGAUGCUGGACCUCCGGCACCGCGACAUCGUGGCGGUCGAGAGUCUCCCAGCGGUGGACAUUGUGUACGUGUGUGGGAGGACGACGUGACGUAGUAGCUGACUUUGGCGUUUGUCUGUGUGCUUUCUUUGGAGGGCAGAAGACUGGACAAUAACCAGCUUCGAAGCUUCACGACAGUCAACAACAUCUCGGAGCUGUGAGUGGUGGGGGAGUUGGUGAUUGGAUUCCGUGGGACUGGAAACUGAUGAUCGUCGCUUGUGUUGCUGCAGAUAUAUGGCGAAUAACAGCAUCCCUACGAUAGACGAAUUCGAGUUCCCUGAAGCUCUUACACUUCUGUACGUGAUGCGCUGCUCUGGACUUUGUCAGCGCAGUGGCUGAUAGAAUGUGUGGUGCGUACGUGGUUUGCCAGGGAUCUCGCUAAUAACGCCCUGGGCGAUAUUGACGGAGCUGAUCUCCCUUCCACUCUCCAGUACCUGUAAGAUGCAUGCGUGGUCCUAAGAGGUUGGUGUGUCUGUUCGAUAACCUCACCGUUUACGUUUUGGGUGUGAGCAGCAAUUUGUCGGGCAACCCAAUUGGAUCACUAUCCAACGUAUCGUUCCCAUCCAGCCUAUUGCAACUGUAUGCCGCUCUGUCCUUCAGUAAAUUCCUUGCUCGAAUACUCACGACGUUGGUGCUGAUCGAUCGUGUACAGGGACGUCGUCGGCUCCAGCGUUGCUACGCUGGAAAACUUUUCAUUCCCGAGCUCGGUGACGACGCUCAACUUCUCCAACAACCCCAUCACAAUUAUCAGGGGCGUCAUCUUCCCGGAUUCCCUCUCGGAGCUUACUCUGAUUGCCACGGCAAAUUCGGCGGCGGCGGCAGGAACAACGGCCUCAACCGCAUCAGUAGUUACUCCGGAGGAAGCGCGCGCACUGCAAACGACCGCCGCAAACCCUGCAGCAGAACCAGUCAGCGUGCUAGAGGAGUUAGAAGUGCGGCAGAGUGACGCGGACAGGUUCGAGAAGCUAACGCUGUGGGAUGUUUCCACCACGUCCACGCUGAGCUGCUCCGACUCCAACGCAAACCCGCGAUACGUUCAAGAUACGAUGCUGUGCGUGCUAUCAGACAGCGAGUUUGCCGACAAGUACGAGAGUGUGGUCAUAGCAGCCUCAAGCGGGUCCAUGUCGGGGUCUAUGUGGGGAACGGAUGCGUCAUCUGCUCAAGAGGAGGAGCGAAUCGCUCUGAAAGAAACUCUGCACCAGCGGCGCUCGUGGUUCCUUAUUGGGGCAGCAGCUUUGCUCUCGGCGUUCACGGUCUUGAUGUUCGUCAACACUUUUUGCAUGUGUCUGCGGCGCAAAGUCCGCGGUGGUGGUGGUAAAGCUAAAGGCAGCCAGCCAGCCAUGGCCAAGACAGCGAGUGGCCGAUCCAACAACUUCUGGCACGAGAGCGCGAGUAUGGAGCCAGACGACGAGGUCCGCCACUUGCUGUGCUCCGAUCCACCGAGCACAGACGAGAACUCUUCUCAACCUGAGCCCGAACUGGCCAUGGAUGCUGAAAACGACGCACUAGCGAAGAGGAACAAGCCGAACGACCCGCUCCUCCGUCUCCAACAAGAGCUCCCGCGCUCUGAAAUUGAUGGAUCGCUAGUCAAGCACCGAGAGCUGCUCGCAGCUCCCUCACUAGAGCAGACCGAAGCAGGAGACCCCGAUUCUGGGGAGAGCUUCUCUGCGUUCGUCUACUUCAAAGCUGCGUACCGAGGCAAGACAGUCGUGCUGAAGACACUUAGCAUCGCUAGUCGCGGUGGACGCAAUGGUGACAAGCGUGACAACACGUUGUUGGCCGAGUUGUGGGGGUUUGUCGAGGAGAUCCGUCUGAGCGCCACGCUAUCGCACCCGCAACUCGUCGCUUUCUAUGGGUUCGUCAAAAUGACUCGCUUCGCUGAGCACAGCGACUCGGAAGGAGUUGCGUUGGUGAUGGAAUACAUGGGCAAAGGCGACCUCAACAGCUUCAUCCAGACUCACAAACGAGCUCUACAAGCGAAGAAAGCCGAGCGGCCAAGCGGGGACAAUUCUCUCGACAAGCGCGAGAGUGACGACGACUACGACGUAGACGCCCUACAGUCCGAGGAUGAAGACUCAACCAUGUUGGCUGACGGCGGUAAUCGAUGGAGCUGGAGGAGCUCCUCCAGCGCCUACAAGAGCAAGCUCUCCAUCGCGAUCGAGGUCGCGCAGGCUGUUCAGUACUUGCACUCGUUCUCGCAGCCGCUGUUCCACGGCAACCUCAGCUCUCGGAAGGUCUUCCUGGACAGCGACUGGAACGUGAAGCUCGGUGAUCUAACGUGCUGCAGUGCGCUGCGGCGUUGGUCGUCGUCUCACAACCGGAAUGACGUUGGGUCUCUCCCUUCCACGACGGGAUCUUCAGCGAGAUUCUCUGGGCGCAGCAACACGAGCUCGCAGAACGCUGGAGAGGAGGUUCACAUGGACAUGACCGUCUGGACGGCGCCGGAAGUCCUCGACGGACGCCAGUACACUCCAAAGGCUGACAUCUACUCGUUCGGCGUACUGCUCGCGCAACUUGCCACGUACGAAUGCACCUCAGCCGAGCACUCGGUCAUGGACGACACCGAAGUCCCGAUGCUGAAUAAUCACAAGGGCAGUGCGUCUGGAGAUGCAGAGGCACCGACACCUGUGCGGCUUCUGAUGUUCAGGUGCCAGGCUUUCCAGCCAGAGGGCCGACCAACGGCCGACGAGCUGCUGGAAGAACUGCAUCAGAUCGAGCGCGAGCUCACGGAGAAAGAGUAAAACAAAGUACAUGUAUAAGCGGUCCGUCUAAACCUCGACUGCUAUUGAUCUGGGUUAGAAGGGCUGCAUGAAACAAC